GAAAGGGAUAGAUUGGCUAUCGAACAAGCGGCUCGGGCCAGGAUUCGUGGAUCCUCCGCAUUACGUAAGGAACAUUUAAAACACGAAUAUGCUGCAUUAGUAGAAGAUUUGAGUUUGUUACAGCGCGCUGACAGACGUAGGCGACAAGAAAUAGUCGCUGACUUGCCAAAACAAGUUUUUAUCCCUCCAGAUCGUAGACUCGUUGAAAAAAAUCAGGAUCAGAAAAAUAUGGAGAAACAUUUUGAAGAUUUAUAUCUGGAUGGACUGGACAAGGGAGACAACUUAUUAAUGUCCUUAGUUCCAGAGCCAGUUCCUGAUUCGCCACGAUCUUCACACCUUCUUGAUCUAUCCGCUCAAAACACACCUGAAAAAUUACCAAAACCACAAAAUACAAACUCGCUAGAUUCACAUUCUACAAUUACAGACGAGGAUGAUUCUAAACUUCACGAGAAAAGAGAAACGGUUUUGCGCAAACUUUUAAAUCGUAUUCACGAACAGCGUGAU